CGAUGCCCGGGGUGUGGCGGCCCUGCUUGUUCGGGCGCUGCCAGUCGUUGAUGAGCCCCGUGUCGAGCGGGCGCUUGAUCGCGGGUGCGCCUUCGCCGAGGCCGUACGAUGUGAGGCGGCCGAGGGCAGUGUCAGCUGCCCCUGCCCCCAGAGCGAUGGCGCUGGGCUUGCCAUUCUGCUCGAACAAACUUGUAGAUUGCACAAGUUGAGCUGUUAAUGUGUUAGACGCCUCCUAGACGCCUGAAGAUCAUGGCCAACACCGUGUGCUGGCAAGGCACCACGCUGGAAGGUUUAGUGUUGCAUCAUCUGGCUGCGAAAAAGACAAGCACAAGGGGUUGCGCUCUAAGAUGCUCUAGUGUGUGCCCUGCUAUUGCCACUGGCCAUCGGCUUUGGUUGAAGGCUGGACCGCAUCGAUUGACCAGGACAAGCGACCUUCAGCACCUCUUCCAAACGCAGCAAUCAAUGAGGCGCACCGGAGUGGCCAGAGCUGCUGCUUCUCCUAGAGCUGAACUCAAAACGUAUGAGGAAGCCCCUCCUAAAGAUGGCCAAAGUCGAUUCUACAUGAACCCAAUGUGCCCGUAUGCUCAGCGGAGCUGGGUUGGUGUCAAAUACAAAGGACUGGAUAACGAGUUGGAAUCUGUGGAGGUCGACUUGCGGAAGAUGCCGCAGUGGUACAAGGACCUGUAUCCCGUGGGCAAGGUCCCGUCGAUCGAGCACAACGGGAAGGUGACCGGGGAAAGCUUGGACGUGCUCAAGUACCUGGACACGCAUUUCGACGGUCCGAAAUUGGAGCCCGCUUCUAAGGAGGAUCGAGUCACCGUACAAAAGCUCGUCGAGUUUUGCGACAGGGAGCUCGUCCCGCUUGGCUUCGGCACGGCGAGUAUGAAGGACGCAGCGCCGCACGAGUACAAGAAGGGGAUAAAGCCGGUUCUCGACGUCUUGGAGCGCCAGCUGGAGGCCGCGGAAGCGGCGGGAAAGGGGCCAUAUCUAGUUGGUGGUUUUUCAACGGCGGAUGCGGCGAUCCUGCCCUUCCUCUGGCGCUUCCAGUUCAUCUUCGAAAACUUCCGGGGCCUCGACCUCUUUGAAGAUCACCCCCGGCUCGCAAAGUACUUUCAGAUCGUGAGCGAGCAGCCGUUCUUUGCGGAGACUAAGCCGGCACACGAACGAAUGCAUGCCACGUACAAGACGUUCCUGGACAUGGACUACUUUGGCAAGAUCGGGCUGGCGAGGAAGCCGACUGCAGCAGCUGCCUCAUAAAACAGUCACGUCCAGGAACAAUCGGGUGUCGUCAGAAGAUCCGAUUGUAUCUUGUAAAAAUGUACAUACAUUCUUUGCUGGGCGGCACGUUAGUGUAGCGGGUUUGCAACGCUUGACAUGCCAGUGCGCGUUGGAACAAUUUCUACAGUCCAGGUAUUUGGAUUGAGACGCAUGCGCGCGCGCAAGCUUUUACGUGAGUCUUUCGUAAGGGAAUGACUUGAAAGCUAGGAGUUACUGUUUUGUGUUGUAUUUGAGUAGACGCGUUUCAUUGAUUUACACCAGCGCUAUCAAAGGGCCGAGCUUUGUACAACCAUGGCAGAACGAUCUGAUGCAGCGCAAAGCACGGACCUGUAUAGUGUAAAACGGACGGUUUUGGCCGCAUCUGGGCAUCCUUAGGCAAUCCCGAG